CGUAAGCUUUACCAAUGUUUCACCUACAUAGCACAGCAAACGCUGCAGCCUGUAGAGAAACAAGCUGAUUCCCCCAUUAGCUUUUAUUCUGUCCAUAUUAAUCCGUCUUCGUAAAAUGUCUUUUUUCGUCGCAUUGUUGUGCACACCUCACACCAGAGUGUUGAUGUCCUAAGUUUUACUAGAACUCGGAUAAUUCACGGUGUGAAAGAUGCCUCACGACUUGGAUGAUGUUCGCAAGAGAUUCAUUCUUACCACCACUGCGAACUACUUUGGACUGAAGCCCUCAUCCGCUCUAUCAGACUGUCGGGAGCUCAACAAUUUCCUGGAUGAUGGCAAUGAGUUUGUUCUAGCAAUAAUCAGAAAUGGAGAAGACUUGCAACUGUCAAAUAGGAUUGAAUCCGGUGACAGCAAUGAGAAAGUCCUGGUAUUCUUCAAACUACGUCCUACUGUGAUCACAGAGGAAAACUUGCACCAAAAUGUGCUGGUGUCCUCCAUGCUGGAAUCCCCUAUCAGUACACUGUACCAGGCAGUGCGACAGGUGUUUGCUCCAGUACUUCUCAAGGAUGAGAAAUGGAGCAAAUCAUUUGAUCCCAAACUGCAGAGUCUCCUGAGUGAGCUGGAGUUAGGCUUGGGCUCUGUGGUGAGACAGUUGAACCCAGAGAACUCUGGCAAACAGAAUACCAAAGAGGAAGAUGUUCUGGGUAUCUUGACCCCCGGUGAUGAGUUGCAAUACUGGGCUGAUCUUGCUCAGUCAGCAGAAAAGGCAAGCGCCCGUGACCGAGCAGCUAAUUUCUUAGAGCUCUUCAAACCCAUUGAAAAGGACUACAGUAACCUGGACAGCGUGGCCCUACCAGAUGCAGCGGAGCUGGUGGACCUGACCCGAGACACAGUGGACGAUGUUUGGAAGCAGGGCGAUCAUGCACCUUACCAUGAGGCCCGCAUGCAGAGGCUCAUGGAUGUCAUAGGUGGCGCUCUAGGCAGGUAUGUUCAGAGGAAGCUGAGCUCUUUGAAGCUGUGGGAGGACCCCUUCCUCUCCAUGAAGGAGAGCGUGAGGGCAGGCAUGGCCGUGUGUGAGCAGUGGGCCGGCGCCUGUGAAUACCUGACUGGACAGGUGUGGAAGCGUUACUCCCCUCAUCCCUGGAAGGGGGACAAACACCGCCCCCAGGGUCUCAGCUGCCUCGCCCAUAGGCUGGAGGAGGUGGUGGUGAUCCGAACAGUUCACGAGAAGCUUCUGCGACUCCUGCCAGUGGGGAAUCAGCAGGCGGUGUCUGCCAUCCGUGUGUUCGAACCCUUCUCUGGCCUCAACCCACUGCACUACAACCCUUACACAGAGCCCCUGUGGAAGGCAGCCGUGGCCCAGUUUGAGAGAGCCAUAGCCCCUGCUGAACACGAGAUCGCCGGCAAACUGAAGGCCUGCCUCAGUGAUGUGCAGGACAGUCCCCAACAGAUGCUUCAGGCUUUCCAGAAACACAAAGAGCUGAUCAAGAGGCCUGCCAUCAGUAAAGAACUGCAGUCUGAGAGAGAGACCCUGCUGGCCAAACUGCUGGACUAUGUCAAAGGCUUGCGCACAGACUUUGAGAGUCGUUGUCAUGGUGCCCCAGGGGAGAAGUCAGGCCCUCUCGCAGGAAGAAACCUUCCGGAAGUCGUCAACAACAUAGUGUGGGUCCGACAGCUUGUACUCAAGGUGGAGGACUCCAUUAAGAUCUCCGAGGCACUGCUCUCAGACCUGUCUGGGUACCGCUCCUUCGUCCGCUUUUCCGAUGACCUGCAGGAGCAGCUGCGGACUUAUGAGCAGGACCAGUUUGAAGACUGGUCCAGAGACAUCCUGUCGGGCCUCUCUGACCCUAAGUCUGGAAUUAGCCUGCAGGCCAGUAACCGUGUGAUGGAGCUGGAUCACUUGGAUGGGAAGCUGAAGAUCCAGUACUCAGACCGGCUGGUGACGCUGCUGCGUGAGGUCCGGCAGCUCUCUGCUCUGGGCUUCCCCAUCCCAGCCAAGAUCCUGCAGGCAGCCAACACUGCAGACAAGUUUUACAGACAGGCCAUCAUUCUCAAACAGGUGGCUCACUUCUACAACACCAUCGACCAGCAGAUGAUCCCCUCCCAGCGGCCUAUGAUGUUGAGCUACGCCCUCGCCUUUGAGCAAGUCAUCAAACAAAAUCCGAGAUCCAAUUCCCGAGAAUCUGCUGGGAAGCUUCAGAUCACCUGGGACAAUCCCAAAGAGCUAGAAGUCUACAUCGGGAAGUUGCAGUCAGCCGCUGAGCGCCUUUCCACGGAAAACCGCAAGCUGAGGAAGUGGCACACUGACUUCACAGAGAAGGUGGUGACCCUGAUGAAUGUUGACCUGCUGAGGCAUCAGCAGCGCUGGAAGGACGGCCUGCAGGAGCUGAGAACUGGAUUUGCCACUCUGGAGGCACAGGGCUUCAGGUCUGGGGACAUGAAGGCCUGGCGUCAGCACUGGAACCACCAGCUCUAUAAGGCUCUGGAGCACCAGUACCAGGUGGGCCUGGAGGCCCUCAACAAGAACCUGCCUGAGAUCUGCAUUGACCUCACCUUCAAGCAGGGCCGGCUCCAGUACAGGCCUCCCUUCGAGGAGGUGCGGGCCAAGUACUUCCGCGAGAUGAAGAGGUUCAUCGCAAUCCCCAACCAGUUCAAGGGCGUGAGUGAGGUCGGCGAGGAGCCCAUCUUCAGCGUCAUGAUCGACCGCAACGCCAGCGGCUUCCUCACCAUCUUCGGCAAGGCCGAGGACCUCUUCAGUCGCCUGCUCCAAGUGCAGGACAAGUUCAAGGAUUGGGUGGUGUUGGGCCAGGUGGACAUGGAGGCCGUGGUGGAGAAGCACCUCCACAGUGUCCAGGAGUGGGAGAGGAACUUCAAGGCCCUCAAGGCCAGAGGCAAAGACUCCGAGCGCUUACCAAGCAUGGAGAAGGUGGACUGCGUGACCGUCAACUGUGAACCUGUCAAGGCGGCCAUCGAUGACCUGAUCCAGAGGCUGUUUGACACACUGCUGGCGUCCCUGAGGAGGUCCAUACAAGGUCACACUCAGAACAUUGAGGUGUUUGUGGCCCAGGCCAUGGAGACGCUGUCCGUGCGUCCCGAGAGCAUCGAGGAGAUCGGAGAGGCUAACGUCAAACAUGGCCAGCUGCAGGCCAAGAAACCAGAGAUCCUGCCCCAGUUCCAGGAGGCGGAGGAGAAGAACCGUCUGCUGCGGGCUGUGGCCGGGGGAGGCCUGGACUCCAUCAGCUCCCUCAGAGCCAAGUGGGACAAGUUUGAGCUCAUGAUGGAGAGCCACCAGCUCAUGAUCAAAGAGCAGGUGGAGGUGAUGCGCUCUAACGCUGAGAGCCGUAUCCAGACGUACCUGCAGGAGCUGCAGAAGUUCCGCGCCCGCUGGGACCAGCUGAAGCCUGGCCAUGACAUCAUCGAGUCAGGUGACCCCGAGGUCCUACAGAAGUGUGUGCAGACCAUCAAGGACAAGAGGGCAGAGUUUGAGGAGCUGGAACUCACACGCAAGCGGCUCAUUGAGGACUGCCGGCACUUUGAGCUGGACGCUCCGGACUUCUCCGAGGCCGUGGAGGUCAUCAGGGACAUGGAGGAAUUCUCCCAGAUGUGGUCCCUCUACGAGGAGUUCCAGGAGGGCUUCCAGGGCUGCGCCAAAGAGGACUGGAUCACUUUUAGGAGUAAGACGUAUGUUUUUGAGGAGUUUCUCUUUGCCUGGCAUGACAGACUAAGGAAGGUAGAGGAGCACGAUACCAUGUCAGUCAAACUGCAGAGGGAGGUGGACAAGUACAAGAGCUUGGUGCCCGUGCUGAAGUACGUGCGUGGCGAGCACCUGUCUCAGGACCACUGGCUGGAUCUGUUCCGGCUGCUGGGGCUGCCCCGAGGCACCACCCUGGAGAGGCUGCUGUUUGGGGACCUGCUCAGAGUGUCCGACGCCAUCGUGGGGAAGGCCCUGGAGCUAAAGGACCUGAAUAGCAGAGCUCACGCGGAGGUGACUAUUCGAGAGGCGCUGAGGGAGCUUGACCUGUGGGGGGCAGGAGCGAGCUUCACCCUGACCGACUACGUGGACAGUGGCGGCGCCACCAUCAAACUCAUCAAGGACUGGAAGGACAUGGUCAACCAGGUGGGGGACAACCGUUGCCUGCUCCAGUCCCUGAAGGACUCGCCGUACUACCGGGGCUUCCAGGACAAGGUGGCGCUGUGGGAGACGCGGCUGUCCGACCUGGACGAGUACCUGCACAACCUCAACUCCAUCCAGAGGAAGUGGGUCUACCUGGAGCCCAUCUUCGGCCGCGGGGCCUUGCCCAGGGAGCAGGCGCGCUUCAAGAGGGUGGACGAGGACUUCAGGUCUAUCAUGGCAGACGUACAGAGAGACAGCAGGGUGACAUCUCUGACGGCCCGCGCCGGCAUCCGGAACUCUCUCAUCACCAUCCUGGACCAGCUGCAGCGCUGCCAGAAGUCCCUCAACGAGUUCCUAGAGGAGAAGCGCUCAGCCUUCCCUCGCUUCUACUUCAUCGGGGACGACGACCUGCUGGAAAUCCUAGGCCAGGCCACCAACCCCAACGUCAUCCAGUCCCACCUCAAGAAGCUCUUUGCUGGCAUCAGCAGUGUGGACUUUGAUGCAGACUUCCAGCACAUCACGGCCAUGAGGUCUCUGGAGGGGGAGGUGGUGCCCCUGAGGAACCUCAUCCGCAUCUCCAACGACGUGGAGGUGUGGCUGAGCGAGCUCUCCUCCGAGAUGAAGGAGACUCUGAAGCAGCUGCUGUGUGAGUGUGUUUCGGCCGGGAAGAGAGGAGCAGUAGACCCAUCCCGCUACCCCUCUCAGACCCUGUGUGUGGCAGAACAGAUCCAGUUCACUGAGGAUGUGGAGAACGCCAUCAGGCAGCAGAGCCUGCAGCAGCUGGAGCUGGAGCUCAUGGCCAAACUAGAGCACUACACCAGCGUGGACACCAGCUCAGAGGACACGCAGGGCAGCGCAGACUGGAGUGUGCUGCAGCUGAAGUUGAAGGCCCUGAUACUGGACAUCAUCCACAACAUGGAGGUGGUGAAGCAGCUGGCUGAGGCGCAGGCCCACAGCACCGACAGCUGGGCCUGGAAGAAGCAGCUCCGGUUCUACCUGCGCCCGGACCGCCGCUGCUACAUCCAGAUGGUGGACGCAGAGUUCCACUACACCUACGAGUACCAGGGGAACGCGGCUAAGCUGGUCCACACGCCCCUGACGGAUAAGUGCUAUCUGACGCUCACACAGGCCAUGAAGAUGGGCCUAGGGGGGAACCCGUACGGCCCCGCCGGCACAGGCAAGACCGAGUCAGUCAAGGCGAUGGGGGGCCUGUUCGGCCGCCAGGUGCUGGUCUUCAACUGCGACGAGGGCAUUGACGUGAAGUCCAUGGGCCGGAUCUUUGUGGGGCUGGUGAAGUGCGGGGCAUGGGGCUGCUUCGACGAGUUCAACCGCUUGGAGGAGGCCGUGCUGUCGGCCGUGUCCAUGCAGAUCCAAGCCAUCCAGAACUCCCUCAAGAACCAGAGGGACAGCUGUGAGCUGCUGGGCAAGGAGGUGGAGCUGGAUCCCAACUCUGGCAUCUUCAUCACGCUCAACCCUGCAGGUAAGGGCUACGGCGGCCGGCAGAAGCUUCCGGAUAACCUGAAGCAGCUGUUCCGCCCCGUGGCCAUGUCACGGCCCGACAACGAGCUCAUCGCCGAGGUCAUCCUCUACUCCGAGGGCUUCAAGGACGGCAAGAUCCUCGGCCGCAAGCUGGUGGCCAUCUUUAACCUGGCCAGGGAGCUGUUGACUCCGCAGCAGCACUAUGACUGGGGUCUGCGCGCUCUGAAGACGGUACUGAGGGGCUGUGGGAGUCUGCUGCAGCAGCAGAGACGGAGCGGCAACGCUAACAUUAAGGAGAGUCAUCUGGUGGUGCAGGCCGUGCGCUUGAACACCAUGUCAAAGCUGACGUUUGCGGACAGCUCUCGCUUUGACGCGCUGGUGAGGGAUGUGUUCCCCGGCGUGGACUUUAAGGACGUGGAGUACGAGGAGCUCAGCGCCGCCCUGGAGGCCGUGUAUGAGGAGGCACGCCUGGAAAUCAUCCCCACCCAGAUAAAGAAGGCUCUGGAGCUGUAUGAGCAGCUGCGGCAGAGGAUGGGCGUGGUUGUGGUGGGGCCCAGCGGGGCGGGCAAGUCCACCCUGUGGCGGAUGCUGCGGGCGGCGCUGGGGCGCGUGGGUCGCACCGUGCGCCAGUACACCAUGAACCCCAAGGCCAUGCCACGCCAGCAGCUGCUGGGCCACAUCGACAUGGACACCCGGGAGUGGUCCGACGGGGUGCUCACCAGCAGCGCCAGGCUGGUGGUGCGAGAGCCACAGGAGGUGAGCUCCUGGAUCAUCUGUGACGGGGACAUCGACCCCGAGUGGAUCGAGUCUCUGAACUCGGUGCUGGAUGACAACCGCCUGCUCACCAUGCCCAGCGGCGAGCGCAUCCAGUUCGGCCCCAACGUCAACUUCCUGUUCGAGACGCACGACCUCAGCUGCGCCUCCCCUGCCACCAUCUCCCGCAUGGGCAUGAUCUUCCUCAGUGAUGAGGACACAGAUGUGAAGUCUCUGGUGAAGUCGUGGCUGAAGAGCCAGCCUGACGAGUGUCGGAGUAACCUGGAGAACUGGCUCGGGGAUUACUUCAGCCGAGGCCUUGAAUGGGUCCUCAAACAGAAUGACUUUGUGGUGGAGACCAGUCUGGUGGGGACGGUGAUGAACGGCCUGUCUCACCUCAGUGGGGUGCGCGAGCGUGGCCAGUUCGUGGUCAGCCUCAUCAGGGGCCUGGGCGGUAACCUCAACCUCAAGUCACGCCAGGAGUUCGCCAAAGAGGUUCUGAGCUGGGCCCGUGAGAGUCCACCGGAUCCGCGUAAGCCGCUGGACACGUACUAUGACUCUGAGUCGGGUCGCCUGGCGGCGUACCAGCUGGAACGUCCGGAGCGCCUGACCGCAGAGGACUUCAACAACCCGCAGCGCCUGCCUGUUAUCCAGACGGCCGACAUGCAGCGCGGCCUGGACUACUUCAGACAGUGGCUCUGCAGCGAGCACCGCCAUCCCUUCCUCCUGGUGGGACCCGAGGGCUGCGGGAAAGGGAUGCUGCUGCGCUACGCCUUCUCGCGCUUGCGCUCCACCCAGGUGGCAGUGGUGCACUGCAGCGCCCAGACGUCGUCUCGCCACGUGCUGCAGAAGCUCACGCACACCUGCCUGGUCAUCAGCUCCAACACGGGCCGCGUGUACCGGCCCAAAGACUGCGAGCGCCUCGUGCUCUACCUCAAGGACAUCAACCUGCCCAAACCCGACAAGUGGGGCACCAGCAACCUCAUCGCUUUCCUGCAACAGGUGCUGACAUACCACGGCUUCUAUGAUGAGAACCUGGAGUGGGUGGGCCUGGAGAACAUCCAGAUAGUGGCCUCCAUGUCAGCAGGAGGCGCUGUGGGCAGGCACCUCCUCACCACCCGGUUCACCUCCAUAGUGCGCAUCUGCACCAUCGAUUACCCUGACCGCGAGCAGCUGCAGACCAUCUACGGUGCCUACCUGCAGCCCGUGCUGCAAAGGAGUCUGGGAGAUCACGCUGCGUGGGGCACGCAGGGGAAGGUCCACCAGCUGGCUGGCUCACUGGUGCAGGUGUACGAGCAGGUCAAGGCCAAAUUCACCGUGGACGACUACAGCCAUUACCUGUUCACGCCGUGUGUGCUCACCCAGUGGGUGCUGAGCCUGCUCCGCUAUGACCUGACUGCAGGCAAAUCCACCACGGCCACAGACACAGUGCUGGAGAUAGUGGCUUACGAGGCCCGGAGACUCUUCAGGGACCGAAUCGUCACCACCAAGGACCUCAACGCCUUCGACAACAUCCUGGUGUCCGUCAUCCGGGGAGACUGGGGCUCGGACGUCCUGGACAACAUGUCUGAUUCCUUCUAUGUGACGUGGGGGGCGGCCCAUGAAGCGGGGGCUGUCAUGGCUCCGGGACAGUCCCUCCCCCCUCAUGGGAAACCACUCGGACGCCUGGACUCUGCCGACCUCAAGGAGGUCAUCCGCAAGGGUAUAGUGAUGUACGGGCGGGACAACCGUGAACUGGACAUCCUGCUGUUCUACGAGGUUCUGGACUUCAUGUCCCGUGUGGACCGCGUCCUGAGCCGGCCCAGCGGGUCUCUGCUGCUGGCGGGGCGCAGUGGUGUCGGCCGGCGCACCGUCACCUCGGUGAUCAGCCACAUGCACGCCGCCACCCUCUUCACCCCCAAAGUGUCCCGCAGCUACGGCCUCAAGCAGUUCAAAGGCGACCUCAAGACGGUCAUGCAGCUGGCUGGUGUUGAAGGGCAGCAGGUGGUCCUUCUCCUGGAGGAUUACCAGUUUGUUCACCCCGCCUUCCUGGAGAUGGUCAACAGCCUGCUCUCCUCAGGUGAGGUGCCAGGCCUGUACUCCACGGAGGAGCUGGAGCCGCUCCUGUCCUCCCUGAAAGACCAGGCCUCCCAGGAUGGCUUCACUGGGCCCAUCUUCAACUACUUUGCCUACCGCAUUCAGCAGAACCUGCACAUCGUCCUCAUCAUGGACUGCACCAACACCAACUUCACCAUCAACUGCGAGAGCAACCCGGCCCUCUACCGCAGAUGCUCCGUGCAGUGGAUGGAGGGAUGGUCGGACAGCAGCAUGAAGAAGAUCCCUGAUAUGCUGCUGGCACAGAUCUCAGGGGAGGACCAGAGCUCCGACAGAGGUGAUAAGAACAGAGCAGCGGCGUCGGCGAGCCAGAGCGACCUGUCGCACUCCUUCCUGCAGAUCCACGAGACGUGCCGCGAGUACGGCGCCACGCCCAGCCAGUACAUGUCCUUCCUGCGCGUCUACGGCUCCAUCCACAGCAGCAAGCAGGCCGCGCUCACCAAGAGACAGAGCCACCUGCAGGCGGGCGUGGCUAAGCUAAACGAAGCGAAGGCAUUGGUGGAUGAGCUGAAGGGGCGGGCGGCGGGGCAGAGCAUCCUGCUGAGGACCAAGCAAGCCGAGGCCGACGCUGCACUGCAGGAGAUCACCGUGUCCAUGCAGAAUGCCAGCGACCAGAAGACGGAGAUGGAGAAGAUCAAAGGCAAGAUGGCCCAGGAGGUCUCUAAGAUCGAGGAGCGCAAAGAGAAGAUCGACAACGAGCUGAAGGAAGUGCAGCCGCUGGUGGAGGAGUCAAAGAGGGCGGUGGGCAACAUCAAGUCCGAGUCCCUGUCAGAGAUCCGCUCCCUGCGCAUGCCCCCCGAUGUCAUCCGAGACAUCCUGGAGGGUGUGCUGAGGCUCAUGGGUACUUUUGACACUUCCUGGGUCAGCAUGAAGAGUUUCCUGGCGAAGCGAGGCGUGCGGGAGGACAUCGCCACGUUUGAGGCGCGGAACAUCACCCACGAGAUCCGCCAGAGCGUGGAGGAGCUGCUGCACAGGAACAAGGCCUCGUUCGACCCCAAGAAUGCCAAGCGUGCGAGUGCGGCGGCUGCCCCUCUGGCUGCCUGGGUGAAGGCCAACGUGCAGUACUCCCAUGUCCUGGAGAAGAUCGAGCCGCUGGAGAGAGAGCAGGCUGGACUCAUGGAUAACCUGCGGAAGACAGAGAACCGCAAGAACAAGCUGGAGGAGCAGCUAAACUCUGUGGGUCAGAAAGUGAACGAGCUGAAAGAGAAGUUCCAGGCCCGCACCACGGAGGCAGCCAAGCUGGAGGCGGAGGUGAGCAAAGCUCAGGAGACGAUCGAUGCAGCAGAGAAGCUGAUCCACCAGUUGGAUGGGGAGCACAAGCGCUGGAAUGCCCAGGUGGCAGAGAUCACUGAGGAGUUGGCCACCCUGCCCAAGCGGGCCCAGCUGGCUGCAGCCUUCAUCACGUACCUGUCAGCAGCUCCAGAGGACCAGAGGAGGGGCAGCCUCCUGGCCUGGAUGGAGUCCUCAGGACUGCAGAAGUUUGACCUGCGCCACUUCCUGUGCACUGAGAGUGAGCAGCUGAUCUGGAAGAGCGAGGGACUGCCCUCUGAUGACCUGUCCAUGGAAAAUGCCCUUGUUAUACUCCAGAUCAAUGGGCUGACAGCACGGAGCUGUGCCUGCCCCUUCCUCAUAGACCCGUCAUCCCGCGCCACUGAGUGGCUCCGCACUCACCUGAAGCAGCACCGCCUGGAGAUUAUCAACCAGCAGGACUCUAACUUCAUAACGUCUCUGGAGCUGGCGGUGCGCUUCGGGAAGACCCUGAUCAUCCAGGAGGUGGAUGGGGUGGAGCCCGUGCUCUACCCUCUCCUGCGCCGCGACCUCAUAGCUCAGGGUCCCCGCUACGUGGUCCAGAUCGGGGAGAAGGUCAUCGACUACAAUGAGGACUUCCGCCUCUUCCUGGCAACCCGCAACCCCAGCCCGUUCAUCCCGCCUGACGCUGCCUCCAUCGUCACCGAGGUCAACUUCACCACCACCAGGGCAGGGCUCCGUGGGCAGCUGCUGGCACUCACCAUCCAGCAGGAGAAGCCCGAGUUGGAGACCCAGAAGACCCGUCUGCUGCAGCAGGAGGAGGACAUGAAGAUCCAGCUGGCCCAGCUAGAGGAGUCUCUGCUGGAGACUUUGGCUACAGCUCAGGGGAACAUUCUGGAGAAUAAGGUCCUGAUUGAGUCUCUGAACCAGACUAAAUCCAGCAGUGCGCUAAUCCAGGAGUCCCUGAGUGAAUCCCACCGGCUCCAGGCCUCUCUAGACCAGGAGCGGGAUGCCUAUCUACCGCUGGCCGAGAGUGCCAGUAAGAUGUACUUUGUCAUCACGGACCUGUCCAAGAUCAACAACAUGUACCGCUUCAGUCUGGCCUCCUUCCUCAGGAUCUUCCAGAGAGCCCUCCAGAGCAAGCAGGAGGGAGAGAACACAGAGGCCCGUAUCGCCUCACUGGAGGCCUGCCUGAAGAGCAUGGUGUAUGAGUAUGUCUGCCGCUCCCUCUUCAAGGCUGACCAGCUGAUGUUUGCCCUUCACUUUGUAAAAGGAAUGUACCCAGAGCUAUUCCAGGAGAAUGAGUGGGAUGCCUUCACGGGGCUGAUAGUCGGAGACAUGGUCAGAAAAGCUGACUCCCAGAAGUCUUUGCGGGAACAGAUUCCAUCCUGGAUUGAUCAUGAGAGACAGCCAGCAGUGGCUUUAUUCAAGAGCACAUUCCCAGUGCUGUACCAGAAUCUGUGUCUGAGUGAUGCAGACCUGUGGAUCACCUUCUCACAGAGUUCAUCCUGUGAACAGGACUUCCCCAAUACCAUCGCCAAGAAGAUCUCUCUCUUCCAGCAGCUGUUGCUGGUGCAGGUCCUCAGAUCAGAUAGACUGCAGAGUGCCAUGGCUACUUUUGCCUCUCAAGCUCUCGGUAUGAGGGAGCUGUCUCCUCCUCCACUGAACCUCAAGCGUCUCUACUCUGAGACUCUGGAGAUCGAGCCAGUCCUCAUCAUCAUCUCCCCCGGCGCCGACCCAUCCCAGGAGCUCCUGGAGCUGGCCAGCGAGACCGUGGGCCGUGAGAACUACCACGAGGUGGCCAUGGGACAAGGCCAGGCAGACCUUGCCCUGCAGACGCUGAGAGAGUGUGCCCGCAGCGGAGAGUGGCUCUGCCUCAAGAACCUGCACCUGGUCACCGCCUGGCUGCCACAGCUGGAGAAGGAGGUGAACGCCAUGCAGCCCAAGGCAGGCUUUCGUCUUUGGCUGACGGCUGAGGUGCACCCCAAGUUCACCCCUAUCCUGUUGCAGUCGAGCCUUAAGAUCACCUACGAGGCUCCUCCAGGGCUGAAGAAGAACCUGCUGAGGACAUAUGAGUCCUGGAGCCCAGAGCAGGUCAGUAAGGGGGGGCUGCUGUCCCGCGCACAGGCCCUCUUCUGCCUGGCCUGGUUCCACGCCGUCUGCCAGGAGAGACGCAACUACAUACCACAGGGCUGGACGAAGUUCUACGAGUUCUCCAUGUCAGAUCUGCGAGCGGGCUUCGACAUCAUUGACAGGCUAUUUGAAGGCGGUAAGACAUUCCAGUGGGAGUUUGUCCACGGGCUCCUGGAGAACGCCAUCUACGGCGGCCGCAUGGACAACCUGUGCGACCUGCGCAUCCUGCGCUCCUACCUGCUGCAGUUCUUCAGCGCGCGGCUGCUGGGCUCGGGUCAGGCCCGCGGCAGGAAGAGCAGCCCCUUCCCAGCGCAGAUCAACCUGCCCAGCUCAUGCAGCGCUCUGGACUACCGCGGCAUGAUCGAGAACCUUCCAGAAGACGACCGGCCAGCCUUUUUCGGUCUGCCUGCCAACAUUGAGCGCUCCUCCCAACGCAUCAUUAGCUCUCAGGUGAUCUCACAGCUGAGGAUCCUGAGCAGGUCUGUGGCCGCCGGCUCCAAGUUUGACCGGGAGCUCUGGUCCACUGGCCUCUCGCCCAUCCUCAACCUGUGGAAGAAGCUCAACCAGGGCUCGUCUCUGAUCCACCAGAAGGUGUCCCCCCCCACUGAGGGUCAGGGCUCCCCCAUCCUCUCCUUCAUCGUCCUGGAGCAGUUCAACGCCAUCCGCCUGGUCCAGGGCAUCCACCAGUCUCUCGCCGCCCUCAGCAAGGUCAUCCGCGGCACCUCCCUGCUCACCGCCGACGUCCACAAACUGGCCACCGCGCUCCUCAAUCAGGAGUGUCCACUGAGCUGGCAGAAUAAGUGGGAGGGGCCUGAAGACCCGAUGCAGUACCUGAGGGCUGUGGUUGCACGAGCUUUGGCCAUACAGAGUUGGGUUGAAAAGGCGGAGAAGCAGAGCUUGCUGACGGACACUCUGGACCUGUCUGAACUCUUCCACCCAGACACCUUCCUCAAUGCUCUCAGACAGGAAACUGCCAGAUCCAUGGGCUGCUCGAUGGACAGCCUGAAGUUCGUGGCGUCCUGGAAGAGCACAAUACCAGAGGGGACUCUCCAAGUGAAGGUUGGGGGACUGAAGCUGGAGGGCUGUAGCUUUGACGGAAACCGUCUGUCUGAGAACCAGCACGACUCUCCCAGUGUGUCUGCCGUGCCUUCCUGCUACAUGGCCUGGAUUCCUCAGAGUGCUGCUGGCAGCUACGCCCCAGACGAGUGCAUUUCUCUGCCGGUGUACACCAGCGCGGAGCGCGUGCGCGUGGUCACCAACAUCGACGUGCCGUGCGGGGGGAACCCCGACCAGUGGAUACAGACCGGCGCCGCGCUCUUCCUCAAGCAGCAAUGAGGACUACAACAGACAUGUGUGUGUAUGUGUGUGU